UCUGGGAUCCUUCCUGGAGUCACCCAGGUCCACCUGGCUCUUGGCUGGGGCAUCCCCCAAGUGUAGCUCAGAAUCUGCGGUGCUCCGUUUGUCUGUCCCUGUCCCUAAUCCUCUUCGGAACCCCUCUGGGUCUCACCUGCCUGUGUGCCUCCAGUCCAGAUCUCUACCUGCACACUCCUCUGUCCCAACUCCCAGUCUCCUUGCCUACUGGGCUCUGCUUCCCCUUCUCUGGACGCCCCUGCCCUGUGUGGGGUGAUCCUUCCAGAGCCCAGCCCCUGACCCUCCCCAGAUCCCCUCUGCCGUCUCCCCCCGGCCCCUUCGCUGCCUGACCGCCUGUCCCCGCAGGCCGGGUCCAGAUGCCCUGCCCUCGGCCGCCCUGGAUCCGCCGCCCCCGGGUCCCCCUGGGCUCGGAGCCUAGCAUCCCGGGCUCGCCGUCCACACUCCGGCCCCCCAGCAGGGGAGAGGACGAAGACGAGGGUGAUGAGGAGGAAGGGGACGGCAGCCAGGGACCCAUCCUGCCGCCCGCGUCCCCCGUGGAAUGCCUCAUCUGCGUGUCGCCCUUCGACAGCGUAUUCAAGCUGCCCAAGUGCCUGGACUGCAGCCACGUCUUCUGCCUCGAGUGCCUGGCUCGUCUGUCUCUGGCCACGGCGGGCGGCGGCGACGCGGUGGCCUGUCCCGUGUGCCGCGCGCCCACGCGCCUGGCCCCACGCCGCGGGCUCCCCGCGCUGCCCACGCAGUACGGCCUGCUGCCCGGCUCCGCACGCGCCCCGCCGCCGCUCCAGGGCUCCGUGCGCUUCGACCGCCGGCGCGGCCUGCUCUACGUGCGGCAGCCGCCGCCGGCGCCCGGACCGCGCAAGGCCCGCCCCCCGCCGCCGCCGCCGCCGCCGCUGCGCCUCGGCCGCCCGCUGUCGCGCCGCCUGACGCUGGCCAGCUCGGCCCGGGUCUUCCACGCGGCCGUCGCCCUGGCAGUGCUUGUGGCCGCGGGCCUCGUGGUCACGGGCCUCUACAUCUUCUUCCUCAUCCCGCGCGCCACCACCUCCAGCCCCGCUCGGCCCCAGCUCGUGGCGCUCGCCCCGGCGCCCGGCUUCUCCUGGUUCCUGCCUCGGCCCACGCCGGCGGCGCCCUGGAUCCCCGGCUGGAUGCCGCGCCCCGUGGGCCAUGACCUGAACGCCGCCCCACCGGGGGCUGCAGAGGACGCGCUGGAGCCCGAGGGGGUUCCCGAAGAGACAGAGACGCCGGACGGGUCCUUGGACCGCAGGUGGGGGGCGGAGGCUUGGCCUGACUGGGCCCCGCGGGCACGCGGCGGGUGGAGGCGGUGGGGGGCGCAGUAAAAGCAUCCGCGCCGCAGGCCCUGCCUCAGGCCUGGGGACCCCAGUGUCAUCCUGAUGCUCGCCAUGAUCCCCGUGGAGGCCUUAGAGGGCGCAUGGCAAGCACCCAUUUCUCUAGAGAGGCCUGGCAUCAUUAGCACGGAGCAGGGACCCUCUCAAGGAGCACCCCUGACACCAAUCUCUGUGGGCAUCCAGCUGUGGGACCCCCAUGUCUGUAAAGGUCCUGCUGGGAGGCACUCAUAAACCAGCUGGGGGUACACUCGAUCCUCAGCUCUUGUGGGAGUCCAGCUGCAGGGUCCCUCUGACCAACAUCGUGCAGUGGCCCUGCUAGGGGUACCCCAUCCCUGAUCCUCGUAAGUGUCCUACUGAAUACACCCCAAUCAUCAGAACUCCAGGAGAACGCUCAUCCUUGGCUGGCACCAGAGCUUAAGUCUCUGAUUUACUCAUCCUUUGGGCUUUCUGCAGGUGCUGGGGGCCCCCAUCUUUGGAUGGCAGACUAUUCCCUGGCCACACCUGUGAGUGGCCCACUGCAGGACCAACCACCCCACUCCUCCCCAGGCUGUGGAGUUGCUGCCUGCAGGCUGAGCCUGGGUGGGAUCCAGCCAUCUCCAUGUUGGUCCUGCAUUUGCUGCCUUACAGAUCUGGCUGGGGCUUGGGCUUGAAGGGGGAGGUGUGGCCUGGCCAGGACUGGGGAGAGACAGACAGGGCCUGAGCCUCAAAAACUGGCUUCCACUUGGGUCCUGAAUAUCAACUUGCAAUGGGACCUCGAUUUCCCCUAUGGCUAGUGGCUUCUGAGAUUCUCCUGAUAUGCUGAGGGGCAGCUGUGGUCACUGAGCCUCAAAGAGGCCAAGGUUGCUCUCUGGGUCAGACAGUGUCAUGUGAUUUGGGGUGAGGGAUCGCUCCUGGACAUCCCUGGCCCCUCUCCUUAGCCACUAGAGCCCUCAUCACCCCCAUCUCCACUCAUUAAAUACUCAGUGUCGGUUACUUCACCUCCUCCAGGGCUCCAUCAGCAUUUUGUGGCAAGCCUGCUGUACACCAGGGUGAAUGAAGCCUCAGCCCUCCUUCAGCAGGGAGAGUGGUCCUCCUCUCAGAAGCCUUCCUGGGUUAGUCACAGUGGUGUAGAUAGCAGCCACCUUCUGCACAAACUAAACAUGGACUUUCUGUCUCCCCCCCAGGCCCUGGAGCCCCGAGUCUGCCUCACUUCACCCCAGGUUGGGAUCCAAUAUGCCCCUCCUCAUGCCUUCCCUCCUAACCCCCAGGCUGGGAGAGUUACGGUGAGGGAGUAGAACUGGCAGGGAUGGGCCCAGCCAGGGGGGUCAGAAGGGGCCCUUGGCUGGUGGUGCACGGAAGAGAAAGAUGAUGCUUUCUGCCUGAGGGUGUUCAAGGAAGGCUGCCUGGAGGAAGAGGCCUCGGGGCUGUAUCUUUUUUUUUUUUUUUUUUUUUUUUGCGGUACGCGGGCCUCUCACUGUUGUGGCCUCUCCCAUUGCGGAGCACAGGCUCUGGACGCGCAGGCUCAGCGGCCAUGGCUGAUGGGCCCAGCCGCUCCGCGGCGCGUGAUAUCUUCCCGGACCGGUGCAAGAACCCGUGUCCCCCGCAUCGGCAGGCGGACUCUCAACCACUGCGCCACCAGGGAAGCCCGGGGCUGUAUCUUUAAGGAUGCUAAGGGGU